AUGGCGUUCUUUCGCCGAUUUUCCUCUGCUGCGUCCAGCUUUCUCCCGACUCUUCCAAACGGCCAGGGCAUCCCGGCAUCACAUAUCCCUCGCCGUCCUACAGAGUCGUCGCAACAACACUCCUUGGCGGAAUUUGAAGACGAGAAGUCAUCACGAGCAUCAUGGGAGCUGUCUGAUGCCACCUCUCUCUCGAGUCGUGGAGCAUCAUCGGCGACUGACUCCUUUGACGGCUCGUCCGGAGAAUCACAGAGGAAAAGUCUGGCUGCCUCAAGCAGCGGCUACUACUCCAGUAGUGACGAUGGCGAGGAUGAUCUCCCGAGAGACAGAUACGACAUGAUGGUACGACAUCUAUGGAACGUGGGCGAUAGGGAAGGCUGGUUUAGAACCAGCUUAUCUGAUGGCAUAGUGUCGAUCAGGGUCAAGAAGAAGGUGUUCAGGACGUUCCCACAGCCCAAAGCAAGCACCAAAAAGGCCCGUGAAACCAGCCGUCGCCUUAAGGAAUGGGACUCAGCGAUAUCAACCUUGAACCCGGAGGUUGUCAUGAAGAUCACAAGUAAAGUUGUGCAAGCCAUCAUGGCGAGAUGUGACGAUUCGGCUAUUGAAAUUACACUCGAUGUCAACACUCGAAUACAAAUCCUGGACGAUCUUUCCCAACUAGCAGGCGCUCGAAAACAUCAGUUCGCAGCCUUUGUCCGAUCUGAAGCCUGUUUGGUCGUUUGGGCCGACGAAGUCGAAACACUGAUACCGUCUGCAGAAGCUCUGGAGCAGCGAAUGAUUGCGUAUGUGUGGUUAGGAAGACAUCAAGAAUUCCAACUCCUUGGCGCUGAGGAAGACGAGUCUUCCGACGAGCGAGAGGAUGAAGAAGGAUGGCUCGACCGAGACGCCGAGAAGGAAAGGGCGUUGGCGGGAGACCUCGAAGAUCAGGUCGGAGCCCCGGGAGAUGAGUGGGAAAUGAGAGACAAAAGGCCAAUGAUGCUGUAUGCCCCCCUGAUAUCUGGCUUGGCCAUGAUCCUGACAUUUGCUUUCAUUGGUUCUGGCAUACGCAAUCUGAUCAAGGAGUUGUUACUGGAUGGAUCCUACACUCGAAUAGCUCUCAUAGCAUCAUCUCCUUUUGGUUACCUUCUGUCCAUCUUCUUCUCUAUCUGCGUGAUGGGGAACCUUUGGCAAAUGUUUGGGCCAGUCGCCCAGUGUCAGCAGAAUUCAGCGUUCUAUUCCGGGAAAGGCCCCUCGCGCAUAUCUGGCCGACUACCCCACAUCACUAUCCAGAUGCCGGUAUACAAGGAGGGCUUGGAAGGUGUCAUAAUUCCAACCGUCGAGUCACUCAAGAAGGCCAUCACCACAUACGAACGUCAGGGCGGAUCAGUCAACAUAUUUGUUUUCGAUGACGGUAUGCAGUUAUGGGAGGAACAGGAACAGGAGAUCAGAAAGGCUUACUACGAUCGUAACAAUAUCGGUUGGACGGCUCGGCCAAAACAUGGCAAGGACGGCUUCAUUCGUAAGGGUCGUUUCAAGAAGGCAUCCAACAUGAAUUUUGGCAUCCGUUUGUCCCUUCGUGUUGAGGAGAUCAUGGACGAAUUGCGACCUCUAAGCGAGGACAAGUCGGAUGAUCCCGAAUGGGGCUGGACAGACGAUGACGAGCGCGAAAUCUUUGGAGAAGCACUGUCAAAAGUUCUCGAGGAGUCGGACGGAAUCGCCUGGGCUGCAGGCAAUAUCCGCGUCGGUGAAUUAAUCCUCAUCAUUGACUCAGACACCAGGGUCCCAGAAGACUGUUUUCUGGACGCUGCAUCCGAAUUCAAAAACUCGCCCAAUAUUGCAAUCAUCCAGCAUGAGUCAGCUGUCAUGCAAGUUGUUGGGCAUUUCUUCGAAAACGGAAUCACCUCCUUUACAACACGGAUCAACACAGCCAUAUCAUUUUGUGCUGCCAACGGAGAAGUAGCGCCAUUCGUGGGCCACAACGCCUUCCUACGUUGGGCUGCCAUUCAGGACGCCAGUUUCAUCGACCCGGACGACGGGCUGCGAAAGUGUUGGUCCGAAAGUCAUGUCUCAGAAGACUUUGACCAGGCUCUCCGUCUUCAAUUGCGAGGCUGGAGCUUGCGCUGGGCGAGCUAUUCCGAUGGAGGCUUUCAGGAGGGUGUGUCGUUGACCGCAGAUGACGAGCUCAAUCGCUGGCAAAAAUACGCCUACGGGUGCUCUGAGCUUCUCUUCCAACCUUUCAGGCUUUGGUUCACCAAGGGUCCCAUCACGCCUCUGUUCCACUCUUUCGUAUGGGCUGAAAGCAUACCAUUGCAUUCCAAGAUCUCAGUCCUUGCUUAUAUUUCGUCAUACUACGCCAUUGCUUGCGCAAUGAUCUUGUCGACUCUGAACUGGGUUCUCGUUGGCCUCUUUGACGACUCCCUCGAUCUGUUCUACCUCGAAUCAUGGCAAGUGUUCCUUACUUGUAUCGUAAUCUUUUGCGGUCUUUCCAACGUCUCAUCCGCCAUCUUUCAAUACCGCUUGAAUACAAAUUCCAUCGGAAACGCUUUGGUCCAGAAUUUCAAAUGGAUCUUCUUCUUCUUCUUCUUCUUUUGCGGAAUGUCAUGGCACUUGACCACUGCCUUAUGUGCACAUCUCACGGGGUACAACAUGCAAUGGGCUUCAACGGUUAAGGAGGUCGAGCUCUCUCAUUUCUUCAAAGAAUGGCCUGCGAUGUGGAAACGGUUCUGGGACAUCUGGCUCAUUUCAUGGGCCAUAAUCCUCGGAGUUGCCUUCAUGGCUUCUCCCAUCGUACCCAUUGGGUAUCGAAUGUGGGUCUUACCUCAUAUCGACCAAGCAACUGUUCGCUGA